AGCAACGUAUUUAUUUCGCAUUUUAAUUUUAAACUUUCAUAUACUAUUUUCCUACGAUUGGUGGCACUGUUAUUCGAUAUAUCGCAACGUGUAGCAAAUUCAAACUUUUUUCAGUUGGACGCAACUGUUGAAGCAGUUAAGAAUAACGGAAUAUUUUUAAUGUAUCGUAAGGUUUGUAUAUGUUAACUAAAAUGUCACCUUAUCAGCAACAAUAUAAAGAGAAAAAAGUUGGUUUUGGAAGUACAAAGGAUAGGCGAUUUAUUCGGCUUGAAGAACGCGAGGAAUCGCGUAAAAACCAAAGGGCUGUGGCUUUCAAUGAGAAUCGAAAUAUUCGAAUGUCUCUAAGUAAUAAAUCAGAGAACAAAAAAAUAGAAUCAACUCCCGUGGAUAAUGAUUGUCUUACUAGGUUAAUGAAAUGGAAAGCUGAACGCCAGAAACGUAGAAGGCUCGAGCAAACCAAAAAAAAACCACCUUUUGUAGUUGGGGUGGUUCGUCAUAAAGUAUAUUCUCCCAUAAAAAGUCAACCAGUUACAAUAAAUACGACUUAUGAAAAAACAAAUAAUCAAAUGAUACCAAUAUCUCCAUCUAGAUCUUUACCAAAAAGAAUUACAGAUGCAACAAGAAAAAGAUUAAUGAGUAAAGUUCUUGCAAGACGAUUAGUAGAACAUUCAACAAACAUUUCAAAGUCUAUAAAUACUGAGCAAAAGAAUCAAAAACAGCAAGAACAAUCUUUUGCACCUAAAGAUCAUAAGUUUAAAGCGCCCAUAGGGUUGCCUCACAUAUCAAUACGUGGUAAAGUAGCAAUUCCGAGUUCAUCAUCUAUCAAAACUAAAGAAAGUAAUACUGCAGAAUUUAUUAAGAAAAGAAUUAGUAAUACAUUAGCAACUGAAAGACAAGGAAAUGCAGAUAAUUCAAGAGAAAGUUUGAGAGAUCCUGGUUCAUUAAAAUUGUCACUUGAUGAAACAUUUACUUGUACUAAUGAAAAUAACAAUGAUGGUAAUGAUAAGGUACAAAUACAAGACAGUAGUGUAACUGAAUCAGUUUCUUCCACAAAGAAUAUGCCUACAUCAACACCAAAUAAUUCUCCAAAUGAACCAGUCUUCUUUUCACCAUACAUAGUUUCUAGUCGUGGGAAAAGUAAUGCUAGAAAAGAGCAACAGAUAAAACGUGGAUUCAGUCUUAAUCGUUCGCAAAGCAAUGACAUUCCUACAAAGGAGACUGUUAUGAAAAAUUUAAAUAUUUCAGUCGAAGAAGAAGAACGCACUGCCCAAUAUUUUCAAUUUCUCUUAAAUAAGGAAAUAGAUAGACUAAAUAAAUUACGCAACAAAUGGACAGAUAUCAAAGAAGACAUUACAACCACUCCUGCUGCACAGCAUGAAAUUAAUCAAGUAAUUGGUCAAAUUAAUUUGUUAAUAAAUAAAAAGUUUGAAAGAUUUCGCAGAUUAGUUACUGACUGUGAAACAGGAAAGGGAGAAAUGUUGGUUACAUGUAAAGAUUUACAAGGAUUUUGGGAUAUGAUGUACGUGGAAGUAAAAGACUGUGAUGUGAAGUUUGAACAACUAGAGAAACUUCGAUUACAAGACUGGAAAAAAAAAGAAUCUCCUGAGCCUAAGAAGAUGUCUGCCAAUAACAAAAAAGUUAUUGAAAAGAAAAAGACUGCAUUUACAAAACCAAGUACAAGUAGAGACCAUUUAGCAGUAAAAAAUACGAAUGUUACACAACAAAUAAAUAGUAGCAAUUUAAAAAAGCCUAGAAUUAUAAAUAGUCAAUAUGUAAAUAAUACAUAUGAAAUGAAGAAGAAUGAUUCUAGUGUAAAAAGUAAAGAAAGAUUAAGUCUAUUGCAAAAGAGACCAGUGUCUGCAACAUUCAAAAAUACGAUAAAUUCAACUAUGACAAAAGAUAGUCCAACUAAAAUAUCGAGUGUUCAGUUGAAUAAUACAAUCUCAUACAUCAAUUCUGAUCAGACACCAAGAAAAAGCAUCUUGAAACAAGCAACAAAUUCACUUAAAGCAAAUUAUUUUGUAAAACCAACAAGUAAAGUUAAUUUUGAUGAUCGAGUAGUUUUAAAUGAGGUACCAGUUGACGAAGAUCAGCUGAAAGCAGAGUUAGGUGCAGCAUUAGAAAGAAUAGAUAGUUUUGAUUUUGAUGAUCCAAAUGAAGAAGAAGAAGAAAUUCAGGCACGAAUGACACUUACUUUUGAUGAUGAUAGUUUUGAAGAACCUGAAGAUAUUAAACAAAAUUCUGAAUCAACAGAUUGCAAAACGAAUAUGGAUGCAAAAUCAAUCAAAAAACAAUUAGAUGCGAAUAAUGAUACACCAUUGUCAGAAAAAAAAUUAAGAAGACAAAAUGCAGUGGAUGAACCCGACAAAGAGUUGGAUAAACAAUUAAUACUUAGUGUUUCGUUAACGCGACUUGAAGAAAUGAUGGAGGAUGCAGACGUAAAUAAAUACAAAGAGAAAUUAUACAAACAUAAUUUACUAGAUAAUAAAAAGGAAAUAAGUCCAUAUAACGGAAGCUUACGAAUUUUGAGGAAUAGAAUUAUUUCUUCAGAAGAGACACCUAAAAGAAAACGUUCUAUGAAAUCAAUUAAUAUGGAAGAAUCGGAAUAUAAAGAAAAUAAAACUCCUUUGGUGGGGUUAAGAAGAAGUUUUGUUGAAAAUGAGGAAAAGAAGGAUUUACGAAUUUCUUUGACUAGAAUGUCUUUGGCAGAAAAUAGUUAUAGACGAAAGUCUCGUCGAAGCGUAAAAUUUUCAGAACAAGGAUGUACUGGCUGUGUUUUAAGUAAACCAACACUUCCGAUGACUCCUCAUAUUAGGCGGAGUAGAACGAAGUCUAACGAAAAGACAAAAAGUAUAAAAUCAGUACAUCUUAAACCAUGGACAAACCCAAAGAAGCCCCCAGAUCGAGUAAGAAGAUCUCGAAGUAAGAACGCAAAAUCUCUGAGUUAAUUUUCAGUUAUAGAAUAUGAAGCAAUUUGGAAUUUGAAGUAGAUGUCGCUUAAAACGAAGUGAUCUUCCGCAUGCUCAUCGGUUAAAAUUAUGGUGCUAAUUGAAAUCUUAAAUUCCAGAAGAUUUAUAUUUUACUUGUUAGCAUGGAAUUGAAUUAAGUGCAUUGAAUUUUUUGGAAUGAAACUGGAAUUUAAGAAGAAGCGCGCUGCCAAAGAUUCAUAAAUUCAAAAAUAUCAUAUUUCGUUAAAUUAUGGAAGACUACUAAAAUCAUCAAAUAUUGUUCCUUCAGUUACCAAUAUAACAUUUCAUAUAUAUUAUAGUAUCAUUAGUUUAGUUGCUUUUUGAUUGUGGAAUGCUAUUGCAAGCAAAGCUCUAGAAGUUGGAAAAAUUUUCUACUUUUUUAGUUUCUUCGUUCACCACUAGAUGGUGCGAAUCAUGCUUUUUGAACUGCAUAGUGUUAUAGAAUUAAAAAAUAAGUACAAAAAUAAAGCUUAAACAAUUAUUUUA